AUGGCGCCUCGGUCAUUCACAACGCUUGUGAUCGCCGUCAGUGGAACAAUUCCAGGCUUUAAGCAAGCCGAAAUCAAAACACUGGUCGAAGGAAAUAGUGCAACAUUCGCUAACUCCGUGGACAAUACGUGCACUCACUUGAUUGCAACUGAGAAAGAGGUCGCGAAAAAGAGUGCCAAAUACCAAGCAGCAUGCAAGGUAGAAGGAUGUCAGGUAGUGUCCGUGGACUGGUUGGUUGAAUCUAGCGAAAGAGGAAAAGUUCUCCCUGAGCUGGUUUAUCUCCUCGACCAAGAGGAGAAAAUACCACCGACCGAAAAUGCUGGGGACAAAGGAAAGAAGCGUGCCAUGAAGCAAGAAGAUGAUGCCGAGGCACCAGAAUCGAAUAAAAAGCAAAAGGAAUCUCAGUGUACCAGCUCCAGGACCUUGAACGUUCCUAUCGAUUAUGCUUUUCUUCCCAGUUGUCCUUUCUUGAGGAACCGGCAAGGUUCCAAGGUCCACAUUGAAGACUCUCUCAUAUGGGACGCCACACUCAACCAGGCCCACGCAGGCAACAAUAAUAACAAGUUUUACCGCAUCCAGCUGAUAGCAUCCGAAGACUCGAAAGAGUUCGUUACGUGGUGCAGAUGGGGGCGUAUUGGGGAGCAAGGCCAGUUUGCUACCCUGGGACACGGGGGUCUGCAGGGGGCCAAGGCCUGCUUCGAGAAGAAAUUCAAAGACAAGUCGGGAUUAAAAUGGGAGAAUCGUUUUGAUGAUCCGAAGAAAGGAAAAUAUACUUUCAUCGAAAGGAGCUAUGAAGAUGACGAGGAACCCAACAAAACGGUGGACAAAACCGACGCCGAUAUAAAGGUCAAGGUUGAAAGCACUCUAACCAAGCCGGUACAAAACCUCAUGUCAUUCAUAUUCAAUCAACAGCACUUUGACUCUGCGAUGGCCUCGAUGUCUUAUGAUGCCGCCAAGCUACCACUCGGAAAAUUGAGUGACAGAACUCUACGGACGGGCUUUACGACAUUGAAGCAACUGGCGAGACUGGCAACCAAUCCUGUGCAUGAUACGGCCUGGCAGACAAGUGUGGAUGACUUGAGCAAUGUCUACUUCACCACAAUACCCCACGUCUUUGGUCGCAAUCGCCCGCCCAUCCUGAACUCUAUCGCACUCAUUAAGCGAGAAGUUGAGCUUUUAGACGCGUUAAGCGAGAUGGAUGUGGGCAAUGAGAUCAUGAAGGAUGCUAAGAAGCUUUCGGACAUGAAUGAAUUGGAUAGUCAGUUCAGUUCAUUAGGGCUCAAAGAAAUGACGCCAUUGGAACCUGGCCAAGAGUUCACCGAACUUGCUGCAUAUUUGAACAACUCUCGUGGGCAGACUCAUAAUUUGAAAUACGAAGUGAUCGAUAUCUUCCGAGUUGAAAGGGAUGGUGAAAAUGAUCGCUUUACGAGCUCCGAGUUCUCAAAGCUGCAAAACAGCGAUCGUCGUCUCCUUUGGCAUGGAAGUCGUUCCACAAAUUUCGGAGGCAUUUUAUCCCAAGGACUUCGAAUCGCCCCGCCAGAAGCCCCCGUGAGCGGCUAUAUGUUUGGAAAGGGAAUAUACCUGGCAGACAUCAGCAGCAAGUCGGCCAACUACUGCUGUCAUCAUAGCAGUGGGAAUAUGGCACUACUUUUGUUGUGCGAUGCAGAGUUGGGAUCCCCGAUGUUGGAGCUGUAUCAAAGCGACUAUAUGGCUGGCGAGAUUGCCAAAAAGGAAGGCAAGAUCGCCACACUAGGCCAAGGGCGGGCAAAGCCUGGUGGCUGGAAGAAAGCUUCUUGCCUUAAUGAGAAUUUGGCCAAUGUUCUCAUGCCCGAUACUGUGGCGCCUCAGAUUCAAGAUCAAACGGCUGGGCUCCAAUACAACGAAUACAUUUGUUAUGACGUGGCACAGAUCCGGCUGAGAUAUCUUUUCUACGUCAAGAUGGGAUAA